AAGGCCGCAAUUCAAUUUUAGAUUCCUAACUUUCAUCGCGAUCAGGAGGAACACAUCGUGGAAGUGUCUAGAGUCGAUUCUGGAGAGAGAGAGAGAGAACAAACAAGGAGAAUAAGAAGUUGAUUAUCCAUUCUUUGUGAUAUAUUGCAGACAGACUUGUUGAUCAGAUAUUGUCGUUGGUUGAUUUGAUUCGAUCGAUUUAUCGCUCGAUCAUCAGUAUUUUGAUCGGAAGCGGCCAUGGAAGUCCGACACAAUCCGGCGACAGACAAUUCGUCAGUCCCUCAAUACCAGCGCCGCCCGCCGUCGCCAUCACCAUCGAAGCAGCCGAAAGCUUCCCCCACGCCCGUCGACACUUCUUCCGUCUCUCUGAGGCUUCAGAAGGAGUUGAUGUCUUUAAUGAUGAGUGGUGGUGAGCUUGGAGUUUCAGCUUUUCCUGAAGGUGACAGCAUAUUUACUUGGAUUGGCACAAUUGAGGGUGGUAAAGGAACUAUGUAUGAGGGCUUAUCUUACAAACUCUCUUUGCAUUUCUCCUUGGACUACCCUUUCAAGCCACCACAAGUGAAGUUUGAGACAAUGUGCUUCCAUCCCAAUGUUGAUCAAUAUGGCAAUAUAUGUCUUGACAUUCUUCAGGACAAAUGGUCUUCAGCUUAUGAUUGCAGAACUAUCCUUCUGUCCAUCCAAAGUCUCUUGGGAGAGCCCAACAUUGAGAGUCCUCUCAAUAGCUAUGCCGCAACACUUUGGAAAAACAAGGAAGCAGGUUACCUGAAGAUGGUACGCAAACAAUAUUUUUCUGGACAAGCAAUUGAAAGCCAAGACUGAUUGCCUUUUCUCAUAAAUUUAUGAGAAAAGUGUGUGUUUCUAUGUUGAUCCAUGGAGAGCUCUUGAAAAGAAUUUUACUUGCCGGGCAAAGAUGGAAAGGUAUGUCUUGUGCCUAGACUGGAACUUGAAACGUUCAAUUUGUAAAUCCAAUCCAGGGAAUCAUUCCCUGUCAAUUUGUAAAUCCAAUGUCCCAAAAAUGUUAGGUGCCAUGUCAUUGGUGGAGUAUUCUGUAUACCUGUAAAGGAUGGAUUAGUAUUUUCCUUGCGACUAUUUCUCAGGAUGGCCUUUCAAAUCAACAUAAUAAAGGAAGCUUUGCUUUCUUUUCAAGCUCA